UUGUAAUAAAUGCAGUAACAAACUAUUUACUAUUUAUGGGAAAACUUGUCAUUGUAUCCAUUACAGCUGUGACUUCGUACUACAUUUUUGCUACUAAACAAAAUAUUUAUAAAGGCAUUCCAGUUCUCAACUUUUAUCUGUUACCACCUAUAUUUAUCACCAUUGGAUCAUACCUCAUUGCAAAAGCAUUUUUCAGCGUCUAUGAAAUUGCUAUUGAUACAAUGUUCCUGUGUUUUUUGGAGGACUGCGAAAGAAACGAUGGUAGUGAAGGAAGGCCUUAUUAUAUGUCUAAAGCAUUGAUGAGCAUUUUCCAAGGGAGCAAGAGGUACAAAGAACCAGGAACUGUCAGCUACCAUUGACUAAUUUUCACUGCUCUGAAAAGAGUUAUGUCAUGGUUGUUAUAUACAAAAAUACAAGAGUUUUACUAGUCAUUGUUUGAAGUUUAUUUUACCCCAAAAAGAAUGUACAAAUGGUACAUUCAUAUAAAAUUAUUAGUUGCAACAUUUUUUAAAUUUUACAACAAAUAUUUGCUUUAAUUUAUUUAAGAUUUUGAAACUAUACCUUUACCCUUUCAAAUGUAAUUUUAAUGUGUUUUUUC